AUGGUGCAUCUCCGAUUAAACGAGACCGAAGCCAACCCUAACCCCUACAUCAACUUCAUCACCGCUCUCCCUGCCUCCACAUCUGCCGAAACCGAGUCUGCACGGCAGCUCCUACGCGCUCUGGCCGCGCAAGUGAAACCCGUGAUGAAAGCGCACGGUUUCGUAGUCAACUCAUUCGAAGAAUACGAGAACAACAAAGUCUUCUGGGGGCGCAACUGGAAUGCGGGAGAGACGGUCGAGCUGGUGUUAAGGAGAGCGGACGGGAGCUGGUUGCCGCAUGGACAUGUUAUGAGCACGCUUUGCCAUGAACUGGCGCAUAUACGGCAUAUGAAUCACAAUAGUGACUUUCAGAAGCUGUGGAGGCAGCUUAAUUGGGAGGUGCGAGUGCUGCAGGCAAAGGGGUACUUUGGUGAUGGGUUGUGGUCGGCGGGAACGAGGUUGAAGGAUUCGCAGCGCGUUGAGGGGCUGAGUGAGGAGGCUGGAGAACUACCAGAAUAUAUCUGUGGUGGUGCACAGACUACAUCUCGUCCUUCACGUCGGCGACGGCAACGCCAGCCACGCGCCGGUGCAUCGUCUCGCACCGGCGCUCAAACAACCAAGAGACGCAAAGCCGGCUCGCGCGUGACCGGCGCCAACGUCUUUACAGGCUCUGGACAAGCUCUUGAUACCGGCUCAGACGAUAAGGGCAAGGGCUUCAGGAAGCAGGCCGGUAGCAAACGUGCCCGGGAGGAGCGUGCGGCAGCUGUGGAGAAGCGACUGGCUGCAUUAGCAGGCAAGCCACAAGCUGAACCCACACCUCCACCCGAUGACAGUCCGACCGAAGACGAAACCGACGACGAAGUCGAGAUCGUGCCCGAGACGGACUCCGAACGUCGACGCGCACUCGCAGACGCGAAAGACGACGGAUUGACGAAGCUGAGACCCGGCAUGCUCGAGGACUUCUGGGGCGACAUGGGCGGUGAUGGGCAUGAUGGGGACUUCGUUGGUCUUACUGAGGGCGCGGCUGCUUUUGGAGGUGCGCGCGAUGAGGAACCUGUGGCGUCUGGCUCUGGCGCUGGCGCUGCUGGGCCAUCGAGGGAGACUGUCAAGGCUAGGAAGGAUACAACGCCAAAGAAGACGGGACCGACGCUGAAGAAGAAGACGGUUACGGACCCGUUUGUCUCUGACUCUGACGACGAGAUCGAGGUCACUACCGGAUACGCGAAGAGCAAGGGGCGCGUCUCGCCCAAGCCUUCAAGCAAGCCUAAGCCUUCAUCUUCUCAGCCAAAGAAGGAGGCACCUUCAGCUUCUAUCCCUACUCAAACAACGCUUCCAUUCGCUCCACCGCCUCCAUCAAAGCCCGCACCAGGACCGGGACUAGGCAACCUCGUACGCGACGAGAUGCGACAACGUCGGGCCGAGUCACUCGGCAUGACUUCUGGCGGACGUACGUUGGGUGGGACGUCUUCUGCGAGGACUUUGGGUGGUGGGGAUGGAGGUGAUAGGAUGCCGGAUCGAGAGGCGAGGCUUGCUGCUUUGGAUCGGUUGCAGAAGGCGGAUCCUACGCGUCCGUCAAAGACGGCGCCUCCUCAUGCGGCGGUCAAGAAGUCUGUGCCGUCCGCUUCGACUUCGGCUUCACCCGCGCAUGCGCCUACGCGUGCGGUAGCGGCUCACGCUCCGGCGCCUGCAUCAGUAGCUGCACCGGCUCGGCGACCGCUAGCUCCUCAAGCGACACGCGCGUCCGUGCCGACACCUACAUUGAUACCUGCCAUACCUGCACUUGCCGAUUCCGUCCCAGCUUCUGAGCCGACUUUCAUACCCACUCCAUCGCUUGGCUCAGUGGCUCCCCCAAUACAAGGCGCGAACGAGGCGUGGACUUGCAGUAUAUGCACUCUGGUCAACGAUCCGCUCUUUCUGGUUUGCGAGGCGUCGAGCGCACCCUUCGGCACGCGACCUAUUGGAUUAGCUGCGCGUGAAAUAUUCUCGGAUCUCUCGGAUUACCCCCUCCAGCCCUCCAAGUCGGACGAGCGGCUCUAUCUUCGAGAUGGAUGGAUGCGGCAGACGUACGUCAGCCGCAUCGGGAUCGCGGACCUGCGCGUUUUAAGUACAGGACCCCGGUAUCAUGACGAUGCCCAGGAGAUGUUGGCCUCAUGGGUCAACAUCUAUAUUUGA